AUGCUAUCUUCUGCUAAUAGGUUUUACAUAAAGAGGCAUUUGGCAACGUAUGCCAAUGUGUUUCCCUCUGUAUCCAAGCAAUUUCAAACAAAAACGCCACCAUAUGCUAAACUUCUAACGAACCUAGACAAGGUUAAGGAAAUAACCAACAAUGCUCCCUUAACACUAGCAGAAAAAAUUUUGUACUCCCAUCUCUGUGAUCCAGAAGAAUCGAUCACCUCUUCUGACUUAUCCACCAUCCGUGGUAACAAGUACUUAAAACUGAACCCAGAUCGUGUAGCUAUGCAGGAUGCUUCCGCUCAAAUGGCGCUUCUUCAGUUCAUGACCACCGGUCUCAAUCAAACAUCCGUCCCAGCAUCUAUACAUUGUGACCAUUUAAUUGUCGGUAAAGACGGUGAAGCCGAGGAUUUACCUUCUUCCAUCGCCACUAACCAAGAAGUUUUUGAUUUCCUGGAAAGUUGCGCUAAGAGAUAUGGUAUUCAAUUUUGGGGCCCAGGCUCCGGUAUCAUCCAUCAAAUCGUCUUGGAAAAUUUCUCAGCACCAGGUCUAAUGAUGCUCGGUACCGAUUCUCAUACACCAAAUGCUGGUGGUCUGGGAGCUAUUGCCAUUGGUGUUGGUGGUGCAGAUGCAGUCGAUGCUCUAACAAAUACACCAUGGGAACUGAAGGCUCCAAAGAUUCUGGGUGUCAAACUAACCGGCAAGCUAAGCGGAUGGUCCACUCCUAAGGACGUAAUUACUAAGCUCGCUGGAUUAUUGACCGUCAGAGGUGGUACUGGCUUUAUUAUUGAAUAUUUUGGCGAAGGUGUCUCUACUUUAUCUUGUACAGGUAUGGCAACCAUCUGUAAUAUGGGUGCUGAAGUUGGCGCUACCACAUCAACUUUCCCUUACCAAGAAGCUCACAAGCGUUACUUGCAAGCAACUAAUAGAGCAGACGUGGCGGAAGCAGCCGACGUUGCCUUGAACAGAUUCGGUUUCUUGAGGGCUGAUAAAGAUGCUCAAUAUGAUAAAGUCAUUGAAAUUGACUUAUCCGCCAUUGAACCUCAUGUUAAUGGUCCGUUCACACCUGACUUGUCCACACCAAUAUCUCAAUAUGCCGAAAGAAGUCUAAAAGAAAACUGGCCACAAAAAGUCAGCGCUGGUUUAAUUGGAUCAUGCACCAAUUCAUCUUAUCAAGAUAUGAGUCGUGUGGUUGAUUUGGUUAAACAGGCUUCCAAAGCAGGCUUGAAGCCACGCAUUCCAUUCUUCGUAACCCCCGGCUCCGAACAAAUCAGAGCUACUUUGGAAAGAGAUGGUAUCAUCGAUGUUUUCCAACAGAACGGCGCUAAAGUUUUAGCAAAUGCUUGCGGUCCUUGUAUCGGACAGUGGAAUAGAGAGGACAUUUCCAAAACUUCAAAGGAAACGAACACUAUUUUCACAUCAUUCAACAGAAACUUCAGAGCAAGAAACGACGGCAAUAGAAAUACGAUGAACUUCUUAACAUCCCCAGAAAUAGUAACAGCAAUGAGUUACUCCGGAGACGCCCAGUUCAAUCCAUUAACUGACUCAAUCAAAUUGCCAAAUGGGGAGGAUUUUAAGUUUCAACCACCAAAGGGUGAUGAGUUGCCAAAAAGAGGAUUUGAGCAUGGUAGAGACAUAUUUUAUCCUGAAACGGAUCCAAAACCGGAUAGUAGUGUAGAGAUUGUUGUAGAUCCUAAAUCUGAUCGUUUACAAUUAUUGGAACCUUUCAAAGCAUGGAAUGGCAAGGAAUUAAGAACAAACGUACUUUUAAAGGUGGAAGGUAAAUGUACGACUGAUCAUAUUUCUGCCGCAGGUGUCUGGCUGAAAUACAAGGGUCAUCUAGAAAACAUUUCAUAUAAUACAUUAAUUGGCGCACAAAACAAAGAAACUGGUGAAGUCAACAAAGCUUAUGACAUGGACGGAACUGAAUACGACAUCCCUGGUUUAAUGAUGAAAUGGAAAUCCGAUGGUAGACCAUGGACCGUGGUGGCAGAACAUAACUAUGGUGAAGGUUCCGCAAGAGAACAUGCUGCUUUAUCGCCAAGAUUCCUUGGUGGUGAAAUCCUUCUAGUUAAGUCUUUCGCAAGAAUUCAUGAGACAAACUUGAAAAAACAAGGUAUGCUACCAUUAACUUUUGCAAAUGAAUCUGACUAUGAUAAAAUCUCAAGUGGAGAUGUUUUAGAAACAUUGAACCUUGCAGAUAUGAUCGCCAAAGACGGUAAUAACGGUGGAGAAAUUGAAGUAAAGAUUACCAAACCAAAGGGCGACUCAUUCAUCAUCAAGGCAAAGCAUACCAUGUCCAAAGAUCAAAUCGAUUUCUUCAAAGCUGGUUCAGCAAUCAAUUACAUUGGUAGUAUACGAAGAAGCGAAUAA